AUGCUUUCUUACAGAACCGUUGGCUACAACGGCUACGGAACUCGCUACUCGCCGUUCUUUGACAACAAAUUGGCGGUUGCCACCGCCGCUAACUACGGACUCGUAGGCAAUGGUAAGUUAUUUGUUCUCACCAUCGACAAUAAUGGAGAAAUCAGACCAGAAGUGGCCUGGGAGACUCAAGAUGGACUUUUUGAUGUUGCUUGGAGUGAAGUGCAUGAAAACCAACUCACAGCAGUGUCUGGAGAUGGCCUGGUGAAGAUAUUCGACAUGAAGGUACCCGAAUUUCCUGUGAUGAACUUCAAAGAACAUACGCGGGAGGUAUUCUCUGUCAACUGGAAUUACGUCGACAAAGUCAACUUCGUCACACUGUCAUGGGAUGGAACUAUUAAGUUGUGGACGCCUAGCCGCCAGCAAUCGUUGCUCACGCUAAGUCCGGAGGUGGAUUUCACCACCAAAACAUCUCCAGUGGCCAAUACAGCAAGACCACCCAUCUCUCAUAAACAGACGCCUGCCAACUUUAACACCGUUAAUUGCAUUUAUAACGCAGCGUUCUCUCCGCAUUCGCCGUCCACCAUCAUCAGUUGCACUGGUGCCUCGCAUGUUCAUAUUUGGGACAUUCGUGCCCCCAAACCACUCCAGUUGGACUACGUGGCCCAUGGCGGCCUUGAGGCAUUGUCGUGUGACUGGAACAAGUACAAGCCCACUAUUGUGGCAUCUGCGGGCACAGACAAGUCAGUGAGAGUUUGGGACUUACGAAUGAUCACCAAGCUUGACUCGCCCAAUCUGCAUCUGCCUAUGCCAGCGUACCACAUCCGGGGCCCCACUCCACUCAAUGAGCUUUUGGGCCACGAGUUCGCUGUGCGAAAGGUGGUGUGGUCACCUCAUAAUGGCCAGGAACUCUUGAGUGCCUCCUACGACAUGACAGCAAGAGUGUGGAUCGAUCUGUCAAAUGAAAGAGCCCGUUUCCUCAACAAUGGCAACGGAGGGUGCAAGGCAGUUAUGAGAAAUCAUCGCGAGUUUGUCAUUGGCUGUGACUACAGUUUGUGGGGAGAGCCAGGGUGGGCCGCCACUACAGGAUGGGACGAGAUGGUUUAUGUGUGGGAUACGAAGAGGGUUUAA